AACUAGUUAGUUCUGUGAUAACUAUUGAUCAGUAAACAUAAAUAAAAAAUAAUUGAUAAAUUUAUUUAUAAAUCAUCAUAAUUCGAUAUAAUUUACAAAAUGCGUGCUUUGACUUUUAUUUUGUUCAGCUGUCUUUUGUUUGCUGCUUUUGUCCGUUGCGAUGACGAAGCUGCUGAAACAGAUCACCAUCCAGUUGGUCCUGAAUCCUGCACCAAAGAAAACGAGGAAUUCCAACCAUGUGGAACAAGUUGUCCAGUAACCUGUGCAAAUCAUUUGGACAAAACUCCGAAACCAUGUACCCUGCAAUGUGUUAUUGGAUGUCACUGUAAAGCUGGAUUUGUCAAAAAUGAUGAAGGAAAUUGCGUAAAAGAAGAAGAUUGUCCUAACCAUCCAUCUGGGGAUCAUGAACACCAUGAAGGGGAUGAUCAUGAACACCAUGAGGAAAAACAUGAGGACCAUGAAAACCAUGAUGAAAAACAUGAAAACCAUGAGAACCAUGACGAAAAUCAUGAACACCACGAGAACCAUGAUGAAAACCAUGAACACCAUGAUUAAAUUGUAGAUGAGAGGUAUUUGAAUCAAAAACGUGAAUUUCAAAUGACUGAUAAUUGGUAAUUGGUUUUGAUGGCAAAUUCGAUCUGAUGAUACACACAUAGUCCUUAGUUUAAGUUGUAAUAAAUAAAUAAUAAAAAAUACUAAUUUUAUUGAGCUUUUAAUACAUCAACAUCAAAUUUUACAAUCACAAUCUUUCCUAUGAACUUUGACUGAGCCUAAAUUAUUUUUUCUCAUUUUGGACAUUCGGAUGGCAAAACGCAUUUAUUUUUCUUCGUAUCCAAAACAUAAUGCAUUUCACAAAUGCACUGAGGCAAUGCACCACA